CACAAUUCAUUUUUUCCUCAUCAUCACUUUGGCUCAUUGGAGUGACCUUUUUCAAGUUUCUUUUAUAAUCCAUUCCAAUAUGCUAGCCCUUCCACCACCCCCUUCAAAACAACAAAUAAUAAGGAAUCAAAGUUCCUUAGAAUCACUUGAAAACAAUAGGCCAAAUAAAAAACUAUGGCAACCAAGAAGUCAAAGGACAAAACCAGUUAUAUGGUGUUUUGCAGGGUUAUGUCUCAUAUUCAGCCUUCUACUAAUCUUCUUUGGAAUUGUUAUAUUGAUAUUCUACUUAGCAAUCAAACCAAGAAACCCCACAUUUGAUAUUCCAAAUGCAAGCCUCAAUGUUGUGUACUAUGACUCAACACAAUACUUGAAUGGUGACUUCAUUCUCCUUGCAAAUUUCUCAAACCCCAACAAGAGAAUUGAUGUAAAGUUUGAGUCUUUGGACAUUGAACUCUUCUUCUCCAACCGGCUCAUAUCGAAUCGGACGAUGAAUCCUUUCAUGCAGAAGCCAAAGGAGACAAGGCUGCAAACUGUGAACUUGAUUUCCAAGUUGGUUUUUCUGCCUCAAGAUGUUGGUGUGAAGCUUCAAAGGCAAGUUGAGAGCAACAAAGUAAGCUACUAUGUAAGAGGGACAUUUAAGGUGAAGUUCAACAUUGGUUUGAUCCAUUUAUCUUAUUGGUUGAAUAGCAUAUGUGAGAUUGAGAUGACAGGUCCACCAGCUGGUGUUCUAGUUUCAAGACAAUGCAUAACUUCAAGGAGAUGAUUGAAGAUGCAGAACAUGGUGCAAAUCUCUCUGUAUCUUCUUGUGUUCAUUGAUUUCUUAAUGCUCUAUUUUAAUUUGCAUCUCAUGGUAUAUACAAGUGUGAAAAAGAAUGGUAUGAUUAGAUCAUUUUUCGGUAAACAAUUUGUAGAUAUUUCUCUCAAGUAUUUAUUGAGUUUAGAGCAUGUUUUGCAGAUUAGUACUAAAUUUAAACUUUUCUUUUGUGCAUGUAAAAGAGAAGAGAGAAAAAUUACAAGGUAUUAUUUUAUUUUUAUUAUUUAUUUUUCUUAAUGGGAUUGGUGUAACUCCAACAAUGCCUGCUAAAGCAAGCAUUGAAUUUUUAUGUU